GGUUGCCCUGCGCCCCGCCUCCGCCCCUUACCUGGACCCCGCAGGAGAUGGGUGCCCCCAUCGGCACACUGUCCUUUGGCCACCCGACAUCAUGCCUCCCAAGAAGGAUGUUCCCGUGAAGAAGCCAGUGGGGCCCCCUGCUGCCUCCAAGCCUGCUGCUAAGCCCGCAGUAGGGCCCCCUCCAUCCAGGGUUGAGCUACCACCACCUGUCCCUCUAAUCAUUGAGAAACCUGCGAAACCCCAGGAGCCCCCCAUCGAUCUCUCCAAAGUGGUGAUCGAGUUUAACAAGGACCAGCUGGAGGAGUUCAAGGAGGCCUUCCAGCUGUUUGACCGAACGGGGGAUGGCAAGAUCCUGUACAGUCAGUGUGGGGACGUGAUGAGGGCCCUGGGCCAGAAUCCCACCAACGCCGAGGUGCUCAAAGUCCUGGGGAACCCCAAGAGUGAUGAGAUGAAUGUGAAGGUACUGGACUUUGAGCACUUCCUACCCAUGCUGCAGACUGUGGCCAAGAACAAGGACCAGGGCACCUAUGAGGACUAUGUUGAAGGCCUUCGGGUGUUUGACAAGGAAGGGAACGGCACCGUCAUGGGUGCUGAGAUCCGGCACGUUCUCGUCACACUGGGUGAGAAGAUGACAGAGGAAGAAGUAGAGAUGCUGGUGGCAGGGCAUGAGGACAGCAAUGGCUGUAUCAACUAUGAAGCGUUUGUGAGGCAUAUCCUGUCGGGGUGACGGGCCCAUGGGGCGGAGCUCGUCCGCAUGGUGCUGAAUGGCUGAGGAUAUUCCCAGUGUGCGUGGACACUGCACCUUCCUUGUGGGAGAUUGUGUAUGUAGCCCGGAGGCUUCCUAGGUUCUCUUGUCACAGUAUUUUCCCCAGAUUCUCUCUCUCGGAUGAUGUCUACCAUCAGCAUUCACCAAAUAAACUUGUUCUCUGCUCUA